GAGUUGUUUGCACCUUCUUCUGAAGCACCUGGUGCUGGCCAUUCUUAGAGGCAGGGUACUGGACUAUGGAUUUGGACCAGUAUGGCAGUUCCCAUGUUCAGUGUUCCCUGCUCCCAUUUAUUGUAAAGAAAAUGUUCUACUGUUUGCUUUGCAUAUUUACUGUGCUUUGCAGAACCUACAAAGCAGGUGCAGUGAGUGCCAUAGAUAGAAAUUCUAUGAGAAAUGCUUACAUUUCUCCUCAGUCUCCUGAAAUUGAAAGAGGUUCGACCUUAAAACUUCUUUGCACUCUGGGAAACUACAAUAUGCCUUACAGAAAUGCAAGUCACAUUAUCUGGAAGUUGAAUCAGAAUUUGAUUGCACAAGAAAACUACAACAUUAUCAAUGAAACUGUUUCUCGUGUAACCAUCCAUAAUUUCACCAAUGAAAGUGCACAUGUGAAAUGCUUAAUUAAAUAUCUAGAUAAAGAACAACUUCUUGUUCACACCAAAGUUAAAUCUGGCUUUCCACCAAGCACACCGGGGAAUAUUUCCUGCAUUUACCAUUACAAUGUUAAAUUUACUUGCAGUUGGAUUCCAGGAAAAGAAACAUACCUUACAACAAAAUAUACUCUUGUUAGAAAGCGACCCAUUUUUAUGGCGACAGAUUGUGAUGGUAUUUGCCAAACAAAUCAAAGUGUAUGCUAUUUAUUUUAUCCAUUCACUGAUCGAGACUACAUUAAUGUGAGAGAGGAAGAUGCUUUAGUUGAAGACCAAAUGGAUUUUCACUCUAUGCAAGAUAUAAAAUCAGUCUCUGCAGACAAGACAAAAAAUAUUACCUGCAUUUAUUUUUAUGAUGGCUGUUGUGUUCACAGAUGGACUGCAAGAAAAGUUACCUAUCUUAAAAAAACAAAAUAUGCUCAGGUUAAUAUUCAGGAUCAAAAUUUGAUGGAUGCAUUUCAAGAGGAUACCUGUCAAAGCAACAAUGGAUCAUGUUCGUUUUUCCCCCCGUAUAUUCCAUUUGCUGAAGAUGAUUGUUGUCAGGUGAAAGCUGAAAAUGUCUUGGGUGUAGGCAUAUCUGAUUGCGUUCCUAUAAAUAUGAAUAAAAUAGUGAAAACUAAGCCUCCUAAGAUAGUUUCAGUAGAAAAAAUUGCUGGUGUAAAGCAAUUACUUAACAUAACGUGGGACAAACCUGAUCCAGCAUUACUAGAUUUAAAUUGUCGUCUUCGAUACAGAAAUACAAAUUCAAAUACUUCGGUAACAGUUGUUUUCACCAUGAAUCAAAAUAAAAGAAGAACAUCAUUUAAUCUUACGCAUCUAUGGGAUUUUACAGAGUAUGCUAUUGCCAUUCAAUGUGUUUGUGUUGGAUCAGAAAUCUGGAGUGAAUGGAGUGAAGAGAAAAUAGGAAAAACAGAACAACAAGCUCCCUCAAGAAAAGUGGAUUUGUGGAGAGUAAUCGAACCUUCACCGUCAGCUGCAAAUAGAUAUGUGCAUCUUAUGUGGAAGGUGUUAAAAGAAUUUCCAUCUUCUGAGUGUCUACUUGGCUACAAAAUACAGUACUAUCCAGAAAACAAUGCUUCUUUUAAAAUGACACACAACACCUCUGACAAGAUGGCCAUGCUCCUUUUAACUGGAGAAGCCUAUGUGAUAUCUCUUGUUGCGUAUAACUCUGUUGGAGAAUCUCCUGAGGCUACUCUAAGAAUUCCAUCUGUUGGUGAAAAAACUUUUAAAUGGAUUGAUACAGUGAGGACAUUUACUUUAAAUGAACAAAUGGUUGUGGAAUGGGAAGCAUCAGUUUCAGAAGUAAGCAGAUAUGUCAUUGAAUGGUAUGAGGAAUUGGAGACUGAGCCAAUGGGUAGAUCGUGGCAAUAUAUAUUAAAUACUACAAAGUGGACAGCUCAGAAAGGUGCCUUUAAACCCUUCAAAUGCUAUAAUAUCUCAGUGUAUCCUCUCUAUGGAAAUAAAAUAGGAACUCCACAUUCCAUACAAGCUUAUGUUCAAGAAGGACGUCCAUCAGUUGGUCCUGUGGCAAAAACAGACAAUCUGGGGAAAAAUGAGGCUAUGAUAAAAUGGAAAAAGAUUCCAAAAGAUAAAAGAAAUGGCUUUAUUAUUAACUAUACAAUAUUUUAUAAACCUGAAGGUGGAAAAGAAUUAAAUGAAACUGUGAACUCUGAUGUUCUGCAAUACAGACUGAAAUCUCUGCAAGCAAACACCCAGUAUACUGCUCAGGUCAUGGCAGCCACCAAAGCUGGUGGAACCCAUGGAAACAGGAUAACCUUCAGCACUUUGAAAUUCAGUGAAGAAGACUUUAUUUUUAUAACAUUACCGUUUGGAUUUUGUAUGCUCUUAUUAUUAAUCCUUGGCAUAACCUGUACUCUAAAAAAACACACGUUGAAAAAGGUUUGCUGGCCUGAUAUACCAAAUCCUGCAGAGAGCAUUGCUGUGGAGUGGCCUACUGAUGUGCUUAAGAAUAAUUCGCCUCUGAAGAAAGUACAAUCUGAGGAUGGGACAGUAGAUCCUGAAGGCAUCUGUGUUUUGGAAUCAUGCUUUCUUGCUGAAGACCAUACUGCAUUAUUAGUAAAGAGUCAUGAGAACUAUGAUUCUAAACAUACAAAUGUUUGUAAAAAGGACGUAGGUAAUGGACAUAAAAAUAUUUUUUAUGGUGAAGAAUAUGAAGUUGUAAAACCACUAUCACCAUCAAUUCCAUAUAUAGUUACAGAACAAGACCACAGGAGUCAAAUGCUGCUUUCAGCUUUGAUCCCUACCAGGAGAAUCCAACAUCAGCAUCUAGAAAUAUCAAAAGAGGGCUUAUGUAAGUCCUUGCAUUCUUCAGUCAAGAAUUCCAAAGAGAAUGAAAAGGAGGAAAUUCUAGAACACACAGAUUUCAAAGAAGAAACUAAAAUCAAUCCAUAUCUGAAAAAUUCUGAUACAAGGGAAUUUCUAAUUUCUGUGAAUUUGCCAGAAUACAAUAAGGAAGCCAAAAACCAGUUGCUUGUCUUAGCCCCUUUCCAGCGAAACACUCUAAGGCAACCACAUGUGACACUGGACAUCCUUUGAACUGACCACAGCUGAUCAGUACAUAUCUGCAAAGUCAUUUUGAGGUAUUGUACUGUCCAGCUGGUCUCCUGCUUUCUCUUGGAGGGAGUGUUGCCUUCCAUAAAUACAUGCAUUCAAGUUCUCUUGGCAUCACUUACUUGACUGAAAAUUCCUAGUUUGUUUGAACCACUUUGAAGGAAUUCAUGCAUUUCAUCAUCUGUUAAUUUUGACUUCAUAUUAUUCUGUUUAACAGACAGAGAAAUAUGUGCCAGUAGUAAGGCAAAGGAAGCACACUUAAUUCUUCUUAUCCCUCCCCUUCCAGUUUACUAAAACAAAUUUAUUUUUACCGUGACAGCAUCCAUCAGUGCAAGCAGGAUGCUGAUUUCCUUCUUGACAGUCUCUUCCUGAAGCUGGCUGUUGCUAAGGCAGUGCAUGCUUACUCAAACAUAGCCAGGAUCUUCAAAUCCCUUCCUUUCUUCUUUCUUAAAGUUACAAGAAAUAGAACUUCUCUUUUCCCAUUCUUCCUUCCCUUAACUUUUGUUUUCAGUUCUAUUUGUAGUGUUCCUGCUAUUUGUCAAAUAAUUGGAGGCUUCACUGUUCCUCUUGCCACUUUAAUCGUCUGGUUUGGAUGUUCUGCUUCCUGUUUGUGUCUGAUAAGAUUUUAUCUGUGGCCAUAGAUUUUGCUGGAUUCUCUGUCAUGCUCCUGUUUCCUUUUCUCUUGGUUUUAUCUUCUGUAUUUUACUCUGUUUUUCAUUUCUCCUGUUUGUUUGUCACUCAUUGUCACUCCAUGUGCCCCAUCCUAUCAUCUUACUCCUUUUGUCACUGUAGUUCUCUCCUGGCCCUCCAGCUGCUUCUCCAGUUGAUGCAUUGACUUCCUUGACUGAAAUGGCUUAAUUGAACACAGCCUCUUGUGUAGAAAAGAGCACUGAAUCUAUAUUCAAUGCAGUGUUUCUCCUCUAAUUAAAGGAAAAUGCUUAAUCGAACUGAGUAGUCAAAGGAGUCCCUGGAAGAUUAUUACAUUAAACCUAGACUUUCUGGAAAUUACACUUGGAAAUCCUAGAAUCUUUUUUGAGUAUGCCAUCUUUAGAAAUGUCUAGGCAAGUAGGACUCAGUCCUGAGCUCAAUUUUGCGCUAUAUAACUUCAUUGAGUUCAGUAGUGUUACUCUUGAAAUGAGAUCAGAAUCAGUCCCAUAGAGAAUUCUGAUAAUUUGAUGAUUUGCAAAAACAUUAAAAAAAUGACCCAUCUCAGUUGCUUAAUACCCAGAUAUGCACACUUGUAAGUGGAUACUUCAGCACUUAAUUCCAAUUUCCCUUUGGUUUCUACUGCCUGUCUUUCUACCAUCCCCAUCUUCCUGUUCUUUGGGAUGAUUCUGUAUGCACUCUGGUGAUGUCUCAAAUACUAUUAUUCAGGUUAGGAGGGUCGGUUAAUUGUGAUUAACUGAGAUACAAUAUCUAACAGUUCUCAACCCCAUGAACAGGAGGGAGUUAGUGGCAGAUUUCAUUUGUGAUGGCUCGUUGACUCUAGACUUCCCUCAGCCUCUGCCCCUUGAUCCGAUUUAUUGACAUCCCAAGACAUGCUGCAAGGCCUGCCUGUCUUUCCAGGCUUUCCCUGAGCAGGUUACUCAAACUGGUCUCAGUGAAAUGUUUGAAGGGAAAGAAUUUUUUUUGGAUGGGUUGCAAAUGUUGGAAAUAAUUCACCUGAAUUUUUAAAAUGUUUUUACUGUAAUAUGCCAAGUGUAUUAGAUGUUUUUGACAAAUCAAAAUAAGCAAACCUAUUGAGCAUGGAAGAGGGAAACUCUUGUGGUUACACCAGAGGCACAUUAAAAAUCAAAAGAGAAAAAUGUUCAUAGGGGGACUGGGUCUUUAUAGACCUGAAAAAUGGAAUCAAAAAGUCAGUUAGAGUAAAGGCCAAGCCGCCUUCUGUUUUUAUAUAGAUCCAAUCACACUGACAGAGCUCAGUAAAAAAUAUUAAAAGUUAAAAUGACAAGUGUUCAAGUCCCCAUUCAUGGUUUGGGCAGCCAGGCCUAAUGAGACACGUGGCUUGUCCAUUGAUUAUUUUCAAGAUAUUAUUAACCAUUUUCAUUUUCUUUGCAUUUUAUCCCAAUAGCACAACAAAGGUGACUGAGGGUAUGUCUACACUGCAGCUAAGUGUGUUCCUCCCAGCCCACAUGGACAGACAGAUGUGUGCUAGAUCUCCUUGAGCUAUCAGGCUAAAAAUAGCUAUGUGAAUGUAGCGGCAUGGGCUAGCUACCUGAGUAAAGAUCCAAGCGGUUGGGUGGGCUUGUACUCGGUUGGCUGUCCUGUGCGGCAAUGUCCACACUGCUAUUUUUAGCAUGCUAGCUCAAGCAGAGCUAGUGUGUGUGUGUCUACCUGGGCUGGGAGGCAUGCUUCCAGCUGCAGUGUAGAUAAAUUCUAAAUGGUGCCAGGGACUGAUAAUGGGCUAUAAAGCCAUUAAUUUUGAAACCAGUGAAUUGAAUGUAGCCCACAUUGGCAGUACCCGGAAAUUGUUACAAUGUGAAAAGGGUUGGGAGACCAAUGUGAAAUGAAUUGUUGGUCUGCUGGCUACCAGAAUUUGCAUUAAUUGGCACCCUAAGACCAGGACUCCUAGGCACUACAGUAAUCAUCAUCAUCAUCCUGGCUGGCAUUCUUCAUCUGGGGUACUGAAUGUGCAUGGAGAGUCAACUUAAUCCUCUUACUCUUAGGGGUGAUCCCUCCAAAUCAGAGCUGAGGCUGCUUAUUGAGACUGUGGGAAAGUGUGCAUUGCCUGUUGUGUAUAAUUAAUGGAUACUAACAUUUACUAUUUAAAAAAACUUUGGAAACAUGUUCCUGCAAACACCAAAUUGCCUAGAACUUUGCUCAAACUUAUUCAGUGUGAAUGCAGAGAUUGUCUCCUGGACCAUCUUCCCUCCCAUUGACCAUCAAAUAAUAUCAUUGUGGCAUCUGUAUCAAUUGUUUACGUGGGGAAGUGAUAUUAGGGAAGUAUUAAUGCAAUUUAGCUGCUGGAAAUAAGGAGACAAACAUGUGACCAGCUUUCUGAAGACCACCAGUAAGUGCUUCACAGAUCAGCAUUGGUUUAUAGACCAGUUAGAGAAAGUGGUCUAAAAUGUAGGACAGUCUACACUAUAAUCUUUAUUAAAUACUGGACUGUAUGCAUAAAUGCAUGUACUGCAUGAACAAGACCAAUAAUCUGUAAUCUUUUCCAUACAGUCAAAUACUUGUGUAUAAAAAAGCCAAGUGAUUGCAGUCACACAACUAUCAUAUCUAAUGCACUAUUUUAAUCAGAUGUUUUCAUUUAUUUUUGAAUGCAUCUGCUCUGUAUCAGUUAUUUAAAAAAUAAAUCAGUAAGAAUUUUAAGGUAGUAGUGGGGUUUUUGUGUUUGGUUGGUUGUUUUUACUGCUUGAGCAUGUGAAUACACACCCUUAAAUUUUCUAAGCAAUGAGAAGUGAGGAAGGAUGGGUUUUGGUGAGAAAGGCAUAGGACUGGGAAUUAGGACUGGCUCUGUUCCCCUUUCUGUGUAAUCUUGGAUGAGUCUCUCCAUACCUCAGUUUCCUCUUCUGUAAAAUAUCUAUUUGUCAAAUGAGUAGUGAGACUAUAUUUUAAAGCACAUUUUGAUCCUUGGAUAAAAAGUGCUAAGUCAAAUAUAAAGUAGCAUUAAUUUCCAAUGAGAAAUGUAGCUGUACUGAUGGUUUUUGAGGAUCCAGGUUUUAGUGGUGGGACAUAUAAAUUCAAAUUAAGUGUCUCUAGUUCAUUCAGUUAUUCUGGGAGACCUAACUUAGUCCCUACUGGUUAAUGCACCAUUCACAGGCCGUCUGGACUGAAGGAAGGAACUUUUUAAUUGCAGACUCAGUAGUUGCAGAACGAUAGUCAAGUAUGCAUUUGGCUGUCUGAAAGGGAGAUGGUGCCAUUUGUGUAAUAGGUUGGAAGCAGCAGAAAAAAAACAUGCCAACCCAUUAUAUCACUAUGUUGUAUUCUGCACAAUAUUCGUGAGAAUAUUUGCUCAGUGGUAAGAACAGCAGAUGUCCCAUUGUAAAUGGAAACACAAGGGGAAAUAUUGUUAGGGAUGCCUAUUGUUCUUAUUUUGAGUCUCAUCCCUGAAAAAUCAGCCAUUAGCCCAUGGAGGGGGGAUUUGGGUUCACUGUGUGCAGUGCUUAUAGGUGAUGCCAGUGAGGCCUUGUUCAAGUACUUUUUAAAAACUCUGCACAUUAUUUUAACUUUAUUUAAGAGUUUCUGACUUUCAUGCAAUAAUGAGUCAUAAUGUAUGAAUUUUAAUUUUUUUAUUAUGAAACAACAGUAGUGUAACAGACCAAAAAUAAAGUUGUUAUAGAAACAAUA